AUGAGCGUCGACGUCGCUGCCAUUCGUGCAGCUUUCGCAGCGUGCGACUUGGACCUGAACGAAGAUGCCACCAGCACGUGCGUGUCGAUAUGCAAGGAGUUUGACUUGAGCUCGGAAGAUAUGGCUGCGCUGUGGGACGCUUACUCGAUGAACCAGCAGCUCGUCGGUGCAGCCACGACGGAUGACCUCGUGGCUUUCCGCUCGUUCCUUCAUCAGCAGAAGGUGAAACCCAAAGAAACCGUGCGCACGACUUCCUCGCAACAUUGUCGUAACUUGAAGACGCCUGUGAUGAAGCGCGAGGCCGAGAGCCAGGACACACUCGAGUCGCUCUACGCCAUGAAGUCACCAAACGGAAAGCGCCCAUCGCGCUCGUUUUCGAGCCCUUUGGGAAGCAACAAGGUACAACGCACCAACACGAUUUUUUCGCCCUCGACGAUGCAGUCUCCACCUGGAGCCAACACCUACGAGAAACGGUUGGACGCUGGCACGACCGUGUCGGAGUUUAACGCGCACCUGAAAAAGCAGAUGGAAAGACAUGAAGCUAGUGCAGGACGUGUCGUCAAAGUUGGAAUUCCGUUUCCGUCGCGUAAUCAGUCUUCUGAUGCUACGUACAUGUACACGCCGCAGUUUCAACGAGCAAUUGCGUUGGAUGAACAGCUCGUCGAGUAUGAGGAGCUGGUGAAAGACCAUUUUGAACUAAAAGAGCUCAAGCCGGUUGGAGAUCCCUCGCCGGCGCAAGUGACGGUAGUGGGGCGUAUCGUGUGUGAGGCAGCUGAAGGCAAGCUGAAUCCGAGCGUUGUGCAGAUUGAAGGAUCUAGAAAGACUUGCGGUGGACAGCGCGUGCUCCUCGACUUGAGCAAAGUCUCCAACUUUCAGCUGUUUCCCGGCAAGAUUGUUGCACUGGAAGGCAUCCUACCAGAUACACGGUCCUCGAUGGUCGUCCGGAAGUUCCUUGAUCCGAUUCCAGCGCUCUCUUCUACAUCCUCUCCAGCGCGUAUGAAAGAGAUCCAAACUGAGCACGGUGAGCCAGUUCGUGUGCUUCUUGCGUGUGGACCGUUCACGACUUCCAGCAAUGUGGACUACUUGCCAUUGAACGAUCUUCUCCAAGUUGCGACCGAUCAGAAGCCAGAUGUGCUUGCACUUAUUGGCCCUUUCAUUGAUUCAACGCACUCAAUGUUCAAAGAAGGAUUGGUCAAUUACGACGGCAUGAUGCUUAGCUUUGACGAGAUCUUUUUGUUUAAAGUAAUGACGCUGCUGAACAAAGUGCUGGCACAGGACGAGCGAAUUCAAAUCGUGCUCGUUCCGUCAUUGAGAGACGCCAACCACCAGUUUGUAUACCCGCAACCUCCGCUGGACAAAAAGAAAGCGUGCGAAGCAUUCGAGGCGCCCGAGUACGCCAAGCGCGUCCACUUUAUGCCCAAUCCUAGCACAUUUGCCGUGAAUGGGGUUGUAUUCGGAGCAUCAGCAUUGGACGUAAUCAUGCAAUUGAGCUCGAACGAGCUUUAUAGAGCCCAAAGUCGUGAUCCAAACCGGUUGCUGCGGCUGUGUGAACAGAUUAUCGACCAGCGAAGCUACUACCCAAUAUUUCCUCCUCCUCCGAGCAGCGAAGCGCCUAUCGACCUGCGCUAUACGAAGCAAUUUCAAUUCGAAGAGACGCCGGAUAUCCUAUUGCUCCCUUCAAUCCUCAACCGUUUUUGUGGGCGAGCGAAAGACUCCAUUUGUAUCAACCCGGGUCAGCUGUGCAAGGGCGAGUCUGGUGGCACCUUUGCGCACAUAACUAUCCUCCCUUUAUCCAGCGACAGGAUCGAAAGCGCGGUCGACGACAAGUGUGCUCAUUUCGUACCAGAUCGGACACUCGUCGAGAUCAAGCGCAUCUAG